AUGGCUGGGGGAAACCACUCGAGUGUGACCGAAUUUGUCCUCUUGGGCUUCCCUGACCUGCAGGAACUGCUUUUUGUGACAUUUUUACUCCUCUACAUCACCACGCUGGUGGGGAACCUGGGGAUGAUCGUCCUCAUCAGGACAAACUCUCAGCUUCACGUGCCCAUGUACUUCUUCCUCAGCCACCCCUCUUUCCUGGACAUCUGCUAUUCUUCAUCCGUCAUGCCGAAGGUCCUGUGGGGUCUCCUUGUGCGGAGAAAUGUCAUUUCUUUCAAUGGUUGCAUGACACAGUUUUUCUUCCAGCUGGACUGCUUUGCAGUAUUUGGCACCACGGAAGCCAUCCUUCUGGCCGUCAUGGCAUACGAUCGCUACGUCGCCAUCCAGGAGCCUCUGCACUACUUGGCUGCCGUGUCCCAAGGGGUCCGUCUCCAGUUGGUGGUGGGCUCCUACCCUGCCGGGAUCCUGAACGCCCUUGUGAACACCAGCGCUCUCCUCUGACUCUCCUUCUGUGGCCCAAACCUCGUCAACCAUUUCUACUGUGAAGCCCCACCGCUCCUGCUUCUCUCCUGCUCCGACACCUGGCUCAACGGGAUGGUGUUGACCCUGUGUGUUGGCUUCGUCAUAACGACCUCGGUCUUGGCCAUCAUCCUCUCCUACGCCUGCAUCCUGUUCACCACCUGGAGCAUCCGCUCCGCGGAGGGCAGGCACAAAGCCUUCUCCACCUGCACCUCACACCUCUUGGUGUUGGCCGUUGCCCUCUUCUACGGCGAUGCGGCUUUCUUGUAUUUCCAUCCCUUUUCCAGGCACACAGAAGGUCAAGGGAAAAUAGCCUCCGUCUUCUACACCGUGGUGACCCCCAUACUCAACCCUUUCAUCUACAGCCUGAGGAACAGGGAGGUGAGGAGCGCCCUCAGAAGAGCUGCAAACAAGCUCCUCUCCUGCGUGUAUUCCCUCUCGCACCAAACCGAAGCAGCUGUCACCCACCGCGGUGGAGCCGGCAGAGGAAAUGAGGCUGACACCUGA